AUGGCUCAAGCUUUUCACGUCGCCUCUGCCGUUCCCGUCAAGGGUCCCAUAAAACCAAGUAAUUGUUGCUCCGACCUGGCUGUGCGCCUCGGAGCCACGACUCUUAUCGAGUCGGCCCCGGAUGAGGCAGCAUGCGCAGUGAGGUCGGAGCGCAAGAAGGUGAUUAUCGUUGGAGCGGGUAUCUCGGGUCUCCGCGCCGCCGCCGUCCUUCAUCGAUACGGUUGUGAAGUCGUGAUUCUCGAAGCCCGUGAUCGGAUUGGAGGAAGAAUUUUGACAAGCAGAAAGGGGGAUAAAGUUCGGGACAUUGGAAAGGCUGACCUAUCCACCACAGGUGCUGCUUGGAUGCACGAGACAUCCCAGAACGGUCUUGUGAAGCUGAUCCCGCAGCUCUCAAUUCCCUACUACUAUGACGACGGCAUGCCGUUGUAUUUUACCCGUGAGGGUCGCGCCGGUUCUCAGUUUAAGGCGAAGAAAGUCGCUGAUGAGUUCGCCGACUAUUGCGAGUGGUACUAUGAAACUAAUCCGGAUGCCGAGGACCAUCCGGUUGAUGAUUUUGUCAAGCAAUUUGUCCUCCAGCAUCAGCUCAUCACAGAUGAUGAGCGCCUCUGGGCCCCGCAGGCCGUCCGCGAGGUAGAAUUGUGGAUCGGCACAAGCACCGAGCAGGCCUCGUCUAAACAUCUCUCCUACUUCAUUACGGAGCGUAAUCUCUAUAUGAAGGGAGGCUAUGACCGGAUUGUGAACUGGACCGCGGAGCCCCUCCGCGAUGAGCCCAACAUGAUUCGGUUUAAUCAUCUCGUUCAACACGUGGAGUGUAGCGAUGAUGCAGAUGAACCCGUACGCAUCCAAUGCACGGAUGCCGAUGGCACCCCUCUAGUUGUGGAGGGAGAUGCAGUCGUGAUGACUCUCCCGUUAGGUGUGUAUCAUCACAACCUCGUGUCUUUUAAUCCGCCCCUUCCGAGUGACAUCCAGGAGGGGAUAUCCAAAUUCAGCUACGGUGCCCUGGGUAAAGUCUUCUUUGAAUUCAGCGACGUGUUCUGGUCGAAAGACAAUGACCAGUUCAUGUUCUACCCCUCUCCUGCGGAAGAGGACUCUCUAUCCGCAUCCUCCGUUCAGUCCAGCACCAGCACGAGCUCUAUGGGUGAAAAAGACAACAUCCUGAACUACGCGACCGUCACGAUCAACCUGUGGAUCAUGACGGGCGCCAAGGAGCUGUGUGUGCAAAUCGCCGAGCCCUUAACCCAGCGCAUCGAAGCGAUGACCGACUCGAAGGAAAUCUAUAAGUUUUUUGAACCACUGUUUAAACUCUUCCGUACCGAACCUUACAAGGCUCUGCCGCGCCUGCUCAGUGUUGAAACCACACACUGGACCCAGGAUGCGCUUGCGGGCUACGGCACCUACUCUGCCGACAAGGUCGGAGACGACCCCGACAUGUUUGUCGACGCGCUUGAUGCCCACAAGCAUAGCCGUAUGCAGUUUGCAGGAGAGCACUGCACUAUGGUCGCCAAUGGCUGUGUGCAUGGCGCCUUCCGCACAGGUGAAGUAGCCGCUACUAAUCUGUUGGAGACUUUUGGCAUUCCCCUUGAUGGGCGUGACAUUGGCGUGAACGACAAGUUGGCCACAUAG